GUCCUAUUCGUCGCCCGCCUCACCCAGUCCGGUCAACCCUCCUCCCUUUGAGAUCUACCUACCUACCCGCUUGUUACCAUACCCUCAAACAUACCACAAUAUGACAGAAAGACCCAUCCUCCGUACAUCUCAAUCAUCACCAGGAAACUCUCCCGGUCCAUCCCCGUCUCUCCGACCGAGCAUCAUCCAGCAAUCGAGCUACAGCCACCGAACACCCAGUCCUCACCCCACGUCACCGGAGCUCACCUCUCCUCCCCUCUCCCCUCCAACCGGUGCACCUAGAGUGUCCUUUCCUUGGGUACCGACUCGACAACGAUCGACCUCGAACGACCACGAACACCUCUCGAUGAACAACGCCGGAUUACAAUCUGCCUUCGCUCAUCGACCCGAAUCGGUGCACACCGAGGCGGGGACCACCAUCGGUCCCGAAUUCGGGUACACACGGAAAGUAGGAUUCGAGACGUUCGACAACCCUAUCAAAGAGUCGGCUCUGUUCAGCUAUACGCUACAAACCAAAUCCGAUGCCUACCGCCGGACCCGCAACACCCGGGUCUUCAUGGUAGCCGUCUCCCCCGACGAAUCCGGUUCUGAAGCCCUCGAAUGGCUCAUGGAGUCCCUCAUCGAGGACGGAGACGAGGUCGUCGCCGUCCGUGUGAUCGAGCUGGACGAGGGGGAAAAGGCGAGCAAGGAAGCGCAGGAGGAGUUUAGGGAGGAGGCUGGGGGAUUGUUGAGAAAGGUUUUGGAGCUGAAUGACGAGGUCUCGGAUCGACGGAUCUCCGUGAUUGUCGAAUACGUAGCGGGCAAGGUCACUUCCACAUUGAUGCGUCUCAUCUCGCUCUAUCGACCGGAUUCCCUGAUUGUAGGAACGAAAGGAUCUCGAUCUACGUUACAGAAAUUCGGAGCGGCACUCGGUGCACCAGGGAUGGGAAGCGUCAGCAGGUAUUGCGUCUCCCACAGCCCCGUACCCGUCAUUGUCGUUCGCCCCGAACGCAAGGUGAAAAAGACUCUUGCAAAGAGGCAGAACGACCCGAAACGGCAGAAAUACAAGGCCAUGGUAGGCAGCGAGGCGCUCGGGCUGAGGAGGAGCCGGAGUGCCGAGAGUCGGGAACGAGGAGGUGCCCUGUCCGAAUGA